UGGCCGCGGCGCCGAUGACGUCAGUUUCAAAACAUCAGUUACUGUUUUUCGCCGCUUUUUCUUGUCGAAAACCUGCAUUUAUGCAAUAACUGUUCAUCUAAGAACCAAAUGCAUUUAUUUACACAAUAAAACUACACCUAUAGAUCGUUCCAAAGGAAUGAUGCAAGUUCGAUCUCCCUUCCUUGGUAGUUGGGAGAAAUGUCAGGCCCCAUCCUCUUUGGCUGCUAUGUUACCAUUUCCUAAUACUUCUAGGAAUAUAAAGGAAGAAAUAAAUGACUCCAACUCAAACGCAGCCAUGUCACAGGGACAAGAUGGACAGUGCAAACUAAUGAGCCAAGAUACGUUCGAUUAUAUUUGGCAUAAUAUCCAGGACAUCACUUCUCACGGUGAAUACACCCAGAUAAGUAGUAAAGAAAUCGACUAUCAAUAUGCCGAUGAGCCUGCCGAACAACCGGGGACCACAUCUGUGCUACAGAUGGAACGGUACCAGAUCCGAGGUCCGGGGGUUAAUCAAGCAGAUAUGGUGCCAGAUAUUUUUAUGGCGCCGACCACUAGUUGUUCAACCGUGAAUGGUAACGUCAUGUCGCCUGACAGCCAAACCCAGCUGGGGUCAGCCACACCAAGCCCGGCCUACGACAACCCGAUACAGUCACCAGGAGGAUCGUACUCACCAUCAUCACAGAAUCCUGCACCAUCUGUACCAUCAAACACGGACUACGCGGGAAAAUAUGGUUUCGAUGUGUCCUUCGCACAGCAAAUGAAGGAAACCAAGUCAACAACCUGGACGUAUUCAGAAUUAAUAAAGAAACUGUUUGUCCGAAUAGCCACAACCUGUCCAAUUAGAUUCAAAACUGCCGCCAAUCCACCACACGGCUGUAUCAUCCGUGCGAUGCCUAUAUUCAUGAAACCGGAGCAUGUUCAAGAGGUCGUUAAGAGAUGCCCGAAUCACGCCACUACCAGAGAGCACAAUGAGAACCAUCCUGCCCCGGAACACCUCAUUCGGUGUGAGCACAAGCUAGCGUCGUACUUGGAAGAUCCUUAUUCCCACCGCCAAAGUGCCGUCAUUCCUCAUGAACACCCUCAAGCCGGAUCAGAAUGGGUGACGAAUCUGUACCAGUUCAUGUGCUUCUCCUCGUGCGUUGGCGGCCUCAAUCGGCGCCAGGUCCAGGUCGUGUUCACGCUGGAGACGAUGGAUGGAAAAGUGCUAGGACGACGGGUAUUCGAGGUCAGGAUCUGUGCCUGUCCUGGGAGAGACAGGAAAGCUGAUGAGUUAGCUGUCACGAGGGGAAAUGAGCCACAGAAGAGGCCUAAUCAAGUCACUAUUACUUCAGAGAUUACCACUGCCGGACCGUCCGCUAAACGGCGGAAGAUUACACCCCAUGACGAUAGCAAUGAUGAAGUUUUCUCUGUUCGGGUGAAGGGUCGUGAGAACUAUGAAAUCCUGUGUCGGAUGCGGGACUCCCUCGAGAUGGCGAAUAUGCUGUCGAAGGAACAGGUCGAGAACUAUUAUCACAAACAAGGAGGUGUAACCAAACAGCCCUCGUUGCUGGCUAAGAGUGUCUCAAUACCACACAACCCCGCCAUUGCCAAUGGUACCCUCCAGAACGGCAACAUACCUCAAGGCGUCGCCAGCCAGAUGAUCGACACCAAACCGCCACUUGGCCUCAACCCUAACGGCAUUGACUCGCCCGACGCCCAUCAAGUCACCAGCUCACAACUCUCUACUUCAUCUUCGUUAUCGUCCAUGUCAUCCCAGCCACCGAUGACGCCCCAGACUAGCCUUGGCCCCGCCGCAAACCAGAGUGUGGACACUAGCAUUGUCACGUUCCUUGGCAAGCUGGGCCUGAGUGCUUAUGUGGACGGAUUCAACCAGCGGAGUCUUUACACCCUUGAGCAAUUGGACACAUUUGAAAUUGAGGACCUCGAAAAGAUGAAAAUUGGUACGAGCCACCGCAACCAGAUCUGGAAAGCACUGGUCGAGUACCGCCAGCAAGCCCUGUUCACGUCCCAGUGGCUUCAGACGCAAGGAAGCACUGCCUCUACACUCUCCUCACAAACCAGCUCCUACUGCCCCGGGUAUUACGAGGUCACACGCUACACGUUCAAGCAGACGGUGUCGCUGAAAGCUGGGGCGCGGGACCCCCUCGAAGAGCAGCGCUGCGACAAUAUUGAACUCAACAUUCCAGAAGUGGACGACGCAGGCUUAGAUUUUGACUUGAUCUAGACACUGUUAACCCAUUAAUUUUGAACACCAAGUUAUUUCAGGAUUUAAAAAUACGGACUGAAAAGUGAAUUGGUUUGCAGUAGGGUUGCUGUUAAUGUGCAUUUCUGUAUUGUAGUGUUUGAUAUAAAAACCUGAUCAUGAGUUUUGUGGAGAUAUCUUUGUUCCAUGAAUUUGCAUUUUAACGUUAUCAACUCUACAGAAAUUAUUGUAAAAGCUCGAAUUGUUCACUAAGAAGUUGAAUCUCUCAACACGUUCGUCUUCUGAUCCUGUUUCCUAGGAAAAAUAUUUUCGACUGCAUUUUGGUGGUAAAUCCACUGUUAGUGUAGAGCAUAUACCGAUGUUUUCAAACCAUCAUGAAGUUACUGGGGUGAGCAAAGUCCCAGUUCGAAAUUGUUAAAAUGGUGGAAACAGUUUAUACAGAGCCACCUAUUGUUGUAAAAAAUUAACAAAAGCUUUUUGGUUCAGUUGUGCGUUUAGUAAGAGAUAAAGUGUGUGGAUCGAGUUUCAAUUUUUUUUUUUUCAUUGCCUGAUGAGCAACAUUAGAUAACUUCUUUUUUUGGCUGAUGUCCUUUCACAGUCCCUUGGAAGUUAGGAGAAAUAAUUUUCAAUGCAAUCUUUCCAGAUAUUUGCCAAAGAUGAAACUUCUGUUACACUUUGAUUAAUUAUGUAUACACCGUGUCACAACAUGAAUCAGUCUUCAAUUUCUCUGAAUUUUGCCAAAAAUUACACUGGAAUUCCAUUCUUGUUUUGUUGAAGAGCUCUGGGAAACCUCCUUAAUACUGACCUAGAAGGUCCAGAAGCAUAUUCAGUAUUUUAGAGGGGAAGCACCAUAAAGAGUACAUGCUUGAUAUCACACUAAAUCUAUAGUAAACGAAACUCAUGAAAAGCGUGGGAGCUCAUAGUGUUGUAGAUAGGGUAUUUUUUCCCACUUGGAUUUACUUACUUCUGCUUUCACAUACGCUUCUUGUGUAAUAAAGAGCGGCAUUUUCGAGAUUAUAUAUCAUGUUUUGUUUUCAUGAACACAAGAUUUAGCAGUUGUGUUCAUUAUUGUUCCCAGUAUUCAUAGGGCUAUGGUUGUUCCCACAAUGAGUGUCGCCUGAUGUGGGACUUAGUCGCCACUGGUAGCCGGGUCACGCUAGCCGUCCAAUACAAUACUGGUGUUUUCAGUUGUGAAAUCGACAUGGACCACUGUUGUUGCAAGGGAUUGGAACGGAUUUAUGUAUUGCAUCAUGAAAAUGACUUGGUAGAAAUUUUUGUAAAGUUUGUGUUCGGGCGAACCUUUGUCCAGAUUUUCAUAUAUUAGUAGGGUUGUUAAUGUUGUAUUCUAGUUGAUGCUUUAAGACAUUAUAUCGCGUUCAUAUGGUUGGAAUUUCUUGGUAAAUUGUUGGUUGAAAUGUACCAUUGGUUGACAAAGAAUCCACUUAAAAAUAUCUAUGAAAAAAAUCUAUGAAAAUAUGUUUAACUACUCAGAUCACUAUUAAACAAUGUAUUUGGAAUUAUCCUAUGUUCCAAUUACAUUUGUACAUAAAAAUGUACGACACGUUUAACAAUAAUUAUCUUUUUGUAACAAUUUUUUUCACAUAACUAAGCACAAAUUGUGAUUCAAAUUCGGACUAGUGUCUAGUGUUCACCUUAUAUAAUUUUUUUCUGUAUAGCUUUUAGUAUGGGGGUCUUUGUGAUAUGAUUAUGCUGUGGGGGAAUCAACCAAAUAGGCCUUGGCAGUCGGAACUUAAUAAGUUUUGUCUUUAGCUGUAGCUCUUUAUUCGAGGUUGUUUGGACUGCGAUUGUUGUACUGCAACCACUUAGCAUUUCGUCUGUGGUUAUUUGCAUUUCAGUUCAAAAUUUUAUUAUCAGUGUUGGCGAAAAGAAGAGAAACAUCAUUACAUAUCUCAUGUUGGGGAAGGGAUGAUGCAACAUACUUGGCAUUGUAGUAAUAUAUUAUCUGUGGCUUUAAGCACUGUCCCCAAAUACAGUGUAACUCUCAUAUUAUUAACAAUUACAAUAUACGCAUUUGUAAACAACAUGACAUCUGUGCAUACCUGCCAGCGAGUGCAUCAACAAGAGCAUUUUAUCAUGACCUGCCAAGUUCAGGUGUGGCUGAACUAAACAAAUGAAUCUCUCAUGACCUUUAUACUGCAUUAGGCAAAACUCCACUGCUGGUGACACGUUAAGACAAACUGCCAAUUUUGGAUCCAACUAAACUAAAAAGAAAACAUCUGAUGAAUGUUUCUUUCAUGUUUUUAGACACUAAGAAAGUGUUGAAUUUCCAAAUGGAUGGAUUUUGGUCCAGUAGAAAGUUCAACGUGGCCAGUCACGUGGAGAAUUAUUGUGUUCAAAUUUGCAUUUAUGAUAAACAUUGCCUAAAACGGAAAAAUAAUCUCACAUUUUUUCGAACGUGUGGGGUCAGAAAAAAUAUCAAUGUGCAUCGCCUCUAAAGAAACAAACUCCCUAAGCAUAUGCUCAGAACGCAUUUAACGGGCGCAUUUAACACAUUGGAUGAAAUAGUUCUGCCGUUCAUAGUAUUAAGUUGUAAGUGGGAGGGAGAGGAAUCGUCUAAACUGCCUCUGAUGAGUUCCUGCCAUCGCCAGGCGCGUGAACUCACAUGAUAUUCUGCCUACAAUAUCAAUUCAAUAACGAUUUCAAUUUCACUUUGGAAAUACCUGAUCAGGUCUGGUGGUGCCGAUUACUCCUGAUCAAGGACAGAUGGCCAUCGGCGCUUUCUCAGGCCCAUAUGAACUAUUUGACUUGUAUUUUAACUGCCCGAGCUCCGGGGUUCAUUUUAUGCCUAAAGCCACAGAUAAUAUCUUGAGUGAUAUUUUUCCAUGAAAGAUGGUAAAAAUCUGUUGUUGCAUUUUUUUGACACGCGCUUGUACAGUAGAACUCCAGUACAUGUAGUUGGGGUUAGCAAGUGUCUUUGUAUUCUUCUAAUCUUUGGGAAGCUCGAGUUCAAAUAUUGUUUGUAAAUAAAAACGAUGUAGCAUUUGUCCUUUGUGCAUUCAUUCAAGGAUGUGUAUUACUUGAGUUUCACUUGAAUGCCUAUUGCAGCCAAGCAUUUUUGUGUUUGGCAGUUUUGUAUCAUAUAAAGCUUAAGCAUUUCGUUUGCUUAAUUUUGUAUAGAAAAAGUAUCAAGUUUUGAUUAGGUGUAAGGGUGAAUAAUGUAAGUCCCCGCCCUUCCUUUUAGGGAUAGAGACAGGAUAAAAAAGGUUGAUGGCAUUGCUUUUGUAUUAUGUAUAUUGUAGAUUUGAAAAUUUGAAAACCUGCCAAAAUUUUGAACGUCAUGUUUCCCUAUGAUCAAGGCAGUUACUUAACUUGUGAAAAUGAAUGUUUUAAAUCUGCACCAAAGUAAGAUUUGCUGUGUCAAUUUGAAUCUUCGCUUUCACUUGUUUUAAUAGAAUAUCAGAUGUAGUUCCUACCUUGGCCACUAGGGCGCAUUGUGUUCCAAGAGCGAGAACAUUUUUAAGCAUUUAUUUUCAUGCCUGCCAAGUAGUUUCAAAAUGCUCACAAAACGACGGACCCUGGCGGUCUACAAACAUAUAUACGGAAUUAAAAAGAACAAAAUUGUAUCCAAAACAGGCCACAAGAUGGCGUUUAUAGAUAUGUACUCGUACCGAAGAACAAAGUAUCAUGAUUCAAAUCGUAUUUGACAGAAUUAGUUAGGUUAGGUUAUUAAAGAGUCUGUAAACUGUACUGUGAAAUUGCAAAAUUCACUAUGUUAGAGGGUCAUCUCAGUGUGGUUGAAAAGUAACCCAAGAUGGAGAUCUUGCUUUGCUAGAAAUCUUGUUUCUUGGACGGUUCUUGAUUUCAAAGGGUGUCAAUGCACUUGCAAAAUUCUUUGGAUCUUUCGAUAUGUCCAACUGUGAAACCAUUGUAUCCAGAGAUACGUAUAUUUCACAUAAACUAUCAACAUGAGUUGACAAAAAUGUGCUCUAUUUAAUAAUUUAUUCAGUGAAAAAGUGGCACCUUAAAAACAGCCUCAAAUGGUGUGAGCCAAGAUCUUUUCUAGUUGCAUUGUGACUUGAAUAAUAGAUAAUAGAAAUAAACAUCGCCUCUGUAAAGUAAACAGACAUGUGAUGAAAGUUUACCGUUAUGUAAGGAAUAUAUCUGUGUCAGUGUGCACGAUAGCAGAGCAAGUGGCAUGGCUUUCAUCUGUUCAUGCUUAACCCAGCACUCAGCAUUUGGUAACAUUGUCAUUGAAGUAUGCUUUUGAAAUAGAUAUAGAUAUGUAAUCAACAUUGGUGUAGGUGUGAAUGAGGCAGGCAUUCCAUUUUGAAGACGGUCACAAGUUACUGUUGAUUUUUUCACAAUAGAAAUCCAGAAUUGUCUAACUUGAAACCUGACAGGAGAAAAUAACGGUAGUGAAACUAAAGGUAUCCAGGAGCAAUUUUUUUGUAUUUUUGUAUCAGAGCUCUUUUAAAUUUGUACUUAGUAGAAUUGGAAUAAAGACUUCACAAAAUGUACAGCA